UUAUGAAACGUUCUCGCGAAAAUUUGACUACUUACAUCGUGUCAGUUGAUCUUGACACAGCCGGGCCAAAUUAUACGCAGCAGUUAAUUUAUAACUUGGUUUUAAUAGAAGUACACAGGGCAAGUGUUUAAAAAGAAAAGUAACGAUAAAUAUGAAGAUCAAGAGUGUAAAGAAAUGCUCUAAAAGAGCAUGUAAAAAUAAAGAAGAAAAUAGUAAGAUAAUGGUAUUACCUAAAGGUCGGUCGAUUGAGGAUUUAAAUGUAUAUUGCAUUAUGGAUAUAUUCCGUUACUUAGAACCAAGUGAUCUCAUACAUGCAGCGGAAGUUUGGCCCGGAUUGAAAGAAUUUUCUUGUAUGUUCAUGAAAAAAGUUACAGCGACGCAAUUCGUUCAAUUUAUAUUAGAACAAAAAACCGUGGAUGAUAUAAAAAAAAUAUUUCCCUAUUUGAAGUAUUUGCCUCAUAUUAUCUUAAGCCAAGGCUGUCAUCAGCCCUCCAUAUCCACACAAGAUUUUGAAAAAUUAUGUCAUGAAAUUUUCGAAUUACUAAGUAAAUCGAAAAUUGAUUGUUUAAAAAGUUUGGAUUGGGAUUUUCAAAUUCCGCAAGAGUUGGUUCAAAACUGUUUUAAAGCUAUUAUUCAUAAUUUAGAGGUAAUUGAUAUUACGGAUUUUAAUCGUAUCACAAUAUCUUCAAAUGAUAUUAGGAGUUGGCUACAAAAUGCUAAUAACUUGAAAGAAUUUAAUUGGGAGAUCAAUUCUGAAGAACAGCAAAACUUUUUAUUGCCAACUUUAGAAUGUUUACCAAAAACAUUGAGGAUUAUAAGGAUAUGUAUUUUAGGAAACGUUUCUCGUCCGAUAUCUGCUGAAUUAUUGUUCGAACAUUUGAAUCAAAUGUCCGAUCUCGAUAAUUUGGUAUUGAGCAAGUUGGAUUUUAAGUUGACAAAUGAAAGGUCGUUUCAUACCACUGCAAGAACAAUGUGUUUUGUUUUAAGCCGUGGUACCAAUUAUAGCUGCCUCCCAGUGAAUCCAAAUUUGAAAAAGUUAACACUCGAGAGUGGCAUCUUGACUGACAAGAAUUUAGAUUUUAUAUUGGAAAAUUAUUCUUCACUGGAGAAAUUAAUAUUAAGUUACCUCGAUACAACGGAAGCUGUAAUCGGUCAUUUCUCUCAACUCGAACGAUUGAAAAUACUGAAAUUCGAAUACAUGAACGAUUGGAUAGGGAGUACAUUGAAGUUUUUCACCAAUUUAGAAGAGCUUGAUAUAACAUAUUGUCGGAAUUUUAGAAAAGAAUUUUUAUACGAUUGGCUCCCCCGUGCAAAAAACCUGAGGCUUCUCAGAGUAAAACAGCACGAUGAAUGCGAGUGGGACGAAUUGAUAAGAAAUGUGAAAGAUAGUUCUCGCGUCAGAAAUCAACAAGUAACUAUUGAAGUAGGAACAGAAAAAAAAAUAACAAUAACUAUAAUAUAAUAUAUAUAAUAUAGUUAUGUACAAUAUAUGUACAGUUAUCUAUAAUCAUAUGUACUAUAUUAUAAUGUAUGUAAUACAUACUACAUGUAACUUUUGUUCAUUAGAAAAAUAUUUUUCUAUAUAUUUCUGUAUUUAAAAAACAUCGAUCUCAAAGAAAAUAAAUCAUACAUGGUAUGAUAUCAGUCAACGUUCAAA